GGUAACCAAAAGUGGUCUUGUGAUAAUUGUUUAUGUUUCUGCUGGUCAGAGGGAGAAGGCGCUCGGAGUUAAACGAACAGAUUGUUUUGCUCUCAAGAUAAGGGUGCCAUUGAAAGGAGUGAUUACUGGGGUAGCAGUAAAUGUAAAGUUUACCAACUGAAGAGGAAGAUUCCCGGUGUUUGUGAUGCUCGUUGUUUGCUGCGAGGCAGACAUGGUGGCGAGAGUGGUGAAACAGAAGAGUCAUUGUCUGUUCUUUUGAGUUUUGAUGUUGAGUCUUUGUCCGACAAAGUAAUGAUAGGACAUAUAAAUUAAUAUGUGCAAGCUUUUAUACCGAAUACAUUAUGUUACAGGUGUCAAACUUAUGGGCAUGCGGCAGAAGUGUGUAAGAGGGAGGUUCCUAGGUAUGAGAAGUGUGCAGAUGGGCAUGAGACAAAGGAAUGGGUAGCAUUGGGGAAAGUAGUGGUAUGUGUUAAUUGUCUCCAUGGCGCUAGGGAUCAGAAAUAUCCCGUGCGAGAGAAAUAUUCAUAUUUUAUUCAUUUGUAGAUUUGUUCGUGAGUGUAGUGUUAGAUGGUAGGGUAUUUGAAAAUAUAUAUAUAUAUUUUUUUAAUCAAGCAAAGUAUAAAGGAGUUGUACACAAGUCUAGUAAGUUGCGGUAAUGCAACAUAUUGGAUGCCAAUCGCCGUUAAUAAACCUCAUCGAAUAAUACGUUUACCAUUGAUAUAUCGAUACUCGACUGGUCUGGUCUGUGUGUGAUGACGGCAUAGCAUACAUUGGAAGCAAAGAAUGAGCAGCUCGUCCUAACUAGAAUAGUCUUCCAACACAGUAGGAAUCUCUUCAUUCAAUCUCCAAAAUACAUCUUAAAACUGAUCUCAGAACAACGUUAUCGAAGGAACAUCAAGCGAAAGUCACGAGGUAUACUUCUAGUUCAGGUUGGACAGAGACGCGCUGGCCUGUUAUCUAGCAAGCUAGCCUUUCUCCUGUACCUGGUCAUCUAACUGAACUAUAUCAGUCUUGACAUUGACUUCAUUGCUGUUGUUGUCAUCGUGAGCAGGACAAUAUGAGUGGAGAGAGGGAAACGUUGAUGGAUGAAAUGGAACAGAGUUUAUACACUUUAACCAACGACAAUUUACGCUGCCUGUGUGAACGCAGUGGAAUAGGUGGCAAGGAUGGCUCUGAUGUUCAAGGAAAGAAUCACCAUCACUCAUUGUGCCGUAAAAUCCUGGAGGAACUUUGGGAAAAUGCAGAUUCAAUGGAAUCGGAGGAGCAGGGAAUGUCUUGGUUACUCCAACUGAAAGAGGACAUCAGGAAGAUACAGGAGGAGGGUAUCGGUGCACCUUUGAGUCCCAGCCAAUCCAUUGAUGACAACGCUGUAGACUGUGAUGAAGACGAGAACCAGAAGGACAUGGAUUGGUUAUCUAGCAAAAGGCUGGAGGGGGAACCCAUGAGUCCCAGCCAAUCCUUUGAUGACAACGCUGCAGACUGCGAUGAAGAAUGGGAUGAGGAGGACAGGGAUUUGUUGCCUAGCAAAGGGCUGGAGGCAGAACCAGCACCAGAGAGACACACACCAGAGCAGAGGGAGAAGAGAGUGAGUGGGUCCCCCUCUCUGUCCUCUCCUGGUAAUGCCUCUCUGUCCUCUCCUGGUAAUGCCUUACUACAGGGUCUGAAGACAGUGAGUGGGGCCCCCUCUCUGUCCUCUCCUGGUAAUGCCUUACUACAGGGUCUGAAGACAGUGAGUGGGGCCCCCUCUCUGUCCUCUCCUGGUAAUGCCUUACUACAGGGUCUGAAGACAGUGAGUGGGGCCCCCUCUCUGUCCUCUCCUGGUAAUGCCUUACUACAGGGUCUGAAGACAGUGAGUGGGGCCCCCUCUCUGUCCUCUCCUGGUAAUGCCUUACUGCAGGGUCUGAAGACAGUGAGUGGGGCCCCCUCUCUGUCCUCUCCUGGUAAUGCCUUACUACAGGGUCUGAAGACAGUGAGUGGGGCCCCCUCUCUGUCCUCUCCUGGUAAUGCCUUACUGCUGGGUCUGAAGAGGGUGUCUGUGCGGCUGGUCGACUGCAGGAAAACACCAGGGUUGAGAGGAACUGCUGGAGGAGGAGACGAGGAGGAGGAAGGAGACGUGAUUCAUCAAAGAAAAAGACGUGGCUAUUGUGGGUCCUCUGUGGAGCCCCAACAACAACAUCAUCAUGAUGCUGAUGACCCAGACUGGAGUCUCACCGAAUCAAAACACGCCAACAAACAACCGCAGAGACUUACAGGGAAGAAACAUCACUACUGUUGCACUCAGUGUGGGAAGAGUUUAGCUGGUUCAGCGCAACUUAAAAUGCACCAGAGAAUCCAUACAGGAGAGAAACCUUACCGCUGCUCACAGUGUGGAAAAAGUUUCAGUCUAAAAGGUAAUCUUAAAAUGCACCAGAAAACACAUACAGGGGAAAAAAUUCACCACUGCUCUGACUGCGGGAAAACUUUUGCACAAAACUCCACAUUAAAAGCACACAAGCAAACACACAAGCCUGCCGUAGAAAGGCCUUACCAAUGUUCCUUCUGCGAGAAGACAUUUUCUAUUUUGGCAACCUUUAAUUUCCAUAUGAAAAUGCACACCGAAGAGAAACCGUUCCAAUGUUCUGACUGCGGAAUGCGGUUCAUUCAUUUUAGUUUACUGAAAGCACAUGAACAUAAACACAAGCCCUCCGCCGAAAGGCCCUUCCGCUGCUCUGAAUGCGGGGCGUGUUUUACUACAAAAGGUAAUCUUAAAUUUCACCAGCUGACGCACAACCGGGGAGAGAGACCUUACCGCUGCUCUGAGUGUGGGAACUGUUUCUCUCAUCCGGUGUAUCUGAAGAAUCACCAGAAAAGGCACAGUAAAGAGAAGUCUGUUGUCUGCGACCUGUGUGGAAAGACCUUCAACCAUCCUGACGACUUCAGAAUUCACAUGAAGAUACACCGAGGAGUGAAACUGUACAACUGCUCCGACUGCGGCAGCAGCUUCAUAUUCCGCCGCCGUUUAAUAACACACCAGCGUGUGCAUACUGGAGAGAUGCCUUAUGUCUGCAAUCACUGUGGGAGGAGGUUUUCGCUGUCUCGUACUCUGGUGAAUCACCAGCGAACGCACACCGGGGAGAAACCUUACCACUGUUCUUUCUGCGGGAAGCGCUUCAGUCGGUCACAAAACCUGGCUGCACACAAGAGAACUCAUACUGGAGAGAAGCCUCAUGCUUGUGAUCAGUGUGGGAAGAGGUUUUCCCGAACCGACGCAUUGGCUGUACACAAACGCACCCACACCGGAGAGAAGCCUUACUUUUGUGAUAUAUGCGGGGAGAGGUUCACGUAUUUAGUAGCCAUGUUGAAACAUAAGAAAGGACAUGGACAUCCUGCCGAUGCACUCUGUGCUGAACAGCCUUAGAAUGAUCGAAGCUCUAUGAAGAGACUUUAUUGUCCAUUGUUUAACUUUUAGACUAAAGGGAUUUGUCUUUUUGCUUUAUAAUCUACCCCUCUAGAGAGAGAAAGGUCCUUCUGUAGCUCAGUUGGUAGAGCAUGGCGCUUGUAACGCCAGGGUAGUGGGUUCGAUCCCCGGGACCACCCAUACGUAGAAUGUAUGCACACAUGACUGUAAGUCGCUUUGGAUAAAAGCGUCUGCUAAAUGGCAUAUAAAAAGGGACACAAUCACACAUGGUGGCUGGUAGCCUAGCGGUUAGAGCUUAGGGCCUGUAACCGAAAAGUCUCUUUGUUCUAAUCCUGUGUGUUGCUGUGCCAUUGAGCAAGGCACCUAACCCUAAUUGCUCCUGGGUUGUAGUUGAUAAUGGCUGACCCUGGCCGCGACUCCACUCUCUCUUAAAGCCCCUGUCAGUCUUUGUCAUUUUACACUAUGAGUUUGAAAUAACACUCUGAAAUUGUGAAAAUUCUGAUAAUUUUGUGUGAGUGCAUUUGACUUAUUUAUCAAACUGCGUUUUUUGGGGCAGAAAUGCCUUCUGGAACAUGUGAACAUUCAUGUGCCUUAAUAACAAACUUGUAUUCCAUCCAUAAAUAUGAAUCAAAUUGUUAAAUUACGAGCCUAGUUGGUUUAACCACGGAAAAAGUCAGGAACCUUCCCGCUAGCCAUGAUUGGCUGAGAUAAUGGAUAGGCUGGACAUGCCGGGAGAUGAGUGUGGAUUGGUCUGCCAUGUAGCAUGCUUCUAUCUAUAACAUGAGCUGCUCAGUAUGUGUUGAUAGUCCUUUCUACUGUGCCGUUUUUGAAAGAUAUAACGUUAGCCAUCGAGGACUACAAAACUUUUGCUACUUUUCUCAAACAAACAUUAAUGCCCUGAAUUUAGCAGGCGCUAGGCGCUAUCAUCAGUUGGAACAAGUGAUGGGCUACUUUCUGCACACGCCACGGUCAGUAUGAAACCAGAGUGACUUGACACAACGCUGGCCAAACAAGAAGUAGUUACAAAUAAAAGGGAGUGAAAAGGUUCCAGUCUGAUGUGAAGCGUUCAUCUAUGUAUACGGGUAAGAGUCUCGCUCAAUUUUCAGAUACAAGUUUCUAAUUUGGUCAGAAAGUCGCUUUAUUGCAAGUUAAAGAAUACCGUUAGUUAGCUAGCGAACGAUAGCUUGCUGGCUCUCUAGCUAACGUUACGUGUAUGAUCUGUGUAGUCACAUUAUUCAAAUCAGAAAACCAUUUUCAUUGCUAGGUAUAGCCUAAUGUUAGCUAGCGAACGAUAGAUUGCUGGCUCUCUAGCUAACGUUACGUGUAUGAUCUGUGUCGUCACAUUAUUCAAAUCAGAAAACAAUUUUCAUUGCUAGGUAUAGCCUAAUGUUAGCUAGCGAACAUUGAACCUAGUUUGUUAGCUUUAGCUACCUGCCGAUUCAUACCACAGCUAGAUACAUGUCUGAACAAAAGACUCCACUUCAGCCGGAUUAUUUACUGACCCCCAGGUGUGCCUGGGGGUGAUUAUGGCCUUCUAUUGUAUUUCAUAAACAUGUGUACAUGUCUAGACAAAAGUGACCCAUCCACUUAGCUAGAUGUGGCUGGGGAGUGGUUUAGCAUUUCUUUCACAUGACCCAUCAAUUUAGAUAAAUGUGUCGGGUAAGCGUCAUCCUAACAAUUACAAAAUAUUUAAAAUAUUUUUUUUAUCUGGACACUUCCUGUUGCAAGUAACCGUUUCACUGUACCGUUUACAUCUGCUCUAUCCUAAGCACGCGACAAAUAAACUUGAAUUUGAUAUAGCGUGUGUUUAGGACAUGGCCCACCCAUCCUUUAUAAAGAGCACACAGUGCCACCUACAGGACAGAAACGGAUUAACUGACAAAAGCAUUUCCAACACACUCCCCUCGGUUUGAGUUAUAUACAGUUAUUAAAAAAAAUAUGCAUAUAUAUUAAAACAUCUUGCAUAUCUUAAUUUAUUUCCACAAUGAACUAAUAAUAUGCACAAUAAAGUUGGCAGUUCAUAUGAAGGAUUGUUACCUAUAACCUAUCGUGUACUAAGGAAACCAAUGUUAUAUUGUCUUUCUUAACUACGUCCUUGUUGAUUUGUAAGUGUGUGUUAAUCCUAAUACGUCCUUGUUGAUUUGUAAGUGUGUGUUAAUCCUAAUACGUCCUUGUUGAUUUGUAAGUGUGUGUUAAUCCUAAUCUGAUGGUUGUGCAAAGUGAUGUCCAUUGUGAUGGUUGACGCUGCUACUCUCAUAGCUAAUAUUGGUUUACACUUCAAAUGUUGCAUUGAUAUCGACUGUAUGCAGAUAUGACCUGUAUUCACUGUUUGUCUGAUGUUCUCGUUCAUUAACAAAGAACUGCAGUUAGUUUCAGAAUGGGUGGCGAGGAAUACGUUUGUCCUAAAUAUUUAUAAAAAUUAUAAAAAUCAAUGUAUUGUUUAGACAAAUCAUUCACUAUACCCUAAACCUCAACUAAAUCUUGCAAUAAAUAAUGUGGAAAUUGA